AAACAACAUCACAAAAUGGCGCCCCUAGCUAUUUAGGAAGCCACGCCUGUCUUAUAUUUCUUUGAAUCAUCGCUACUUCAAUUAAAAUUCGCAGAAGAUUGUUGUGGAAAAAGGGAAAAAGAAAUACAAAUUCGACAACAGAUCCAAGAUGUCUGUGAGAAUGGUGAAUGUGGUGCCGAAUGUGAAGAUUAAAAAGGAGAUCGAGAUACCGGAUGAUGACGAUGAAGUGUCUUGCAAGGUGUGCGGCAAGGGGUACGCGCGCGAGGUGGCGCUCCGCAACCACGUGCGCAUGGAGCACGUGGAGAUCUACCUGCGCGGCGACGACAGCGCCUGGCUGCAGGUGCUUGAUGCUAGACCAAAAGUGAACAAGGAGUCGUUCAACCAAAAAGCCAUAAGGCUGAACACGGAGAAGCUCCUCUCGUCCAUGGGCCCGCAGAACCUCAUGAGCCUGGCCUCUGAAGACGUGAGCUACAUCAUCAUAAAGUCUGAAGACGUGCCGCUGGUGAAGAAGAAGAAAGAGCCGGAGAGGAACCCCGUGAUAAGGGAGAAGAGAGACAGAGAGCCUAAAGUUAUCACUGGCCCGUUCGAGUGCCUGCAGCCGUCGAACCUGGUGGCCGCGGGCACCUGCCACCAGAUCUUCUUCUCGUGCUGCGAGUACUCGGCGCACUUCCGCGACGAGCACACGCGGCGGCGCAAGGGCCACCGCUGCCAGGUCUGCGAGAAGCCCCUCGUGGGGGAGCACACGGCGCCCUUCAGCUGCGACGUGUGCGGCGCGGGGUUCAGCAGCAACCGGUCGCUGGCGGAGCACACGUCCACGGCGCACGUCAAGCUGAAGCCCUUCCAGUGCAGCGUCUGCCACAAGCGGUUCACGCAGCAGGGCGGAGUCCAGCAACACAUGAGAAUGCACACAGGGGAUCGUCCGUUCCCGUGCACAUUCUGCCCGAAGGCCUUCACACAGAAGUCCGGACUCGAUCAACAUCUCCGGAUACACACCAAAGUGAAGCCCUACCGCUGCGUCAUCUGUGCCAAGUCCUUCUGCCAGUCGAUACACCUGAAGCAACACAUGAGGACCCACACAAAUGUGUCACCAUUCCAAUGUGUGAUCUGCCAGAAACGCUUCAAACAAAGCAGUCAUUUGAACUACCAUCUCAAAAACCAUAAUCCAGCUAACAUGACCGACGAACAGAAGGAGAAAUAUGCCGAAUUGGUCGGUAUGAUGAGAAGCGAUGUCCAAAUCGAGGUUGACACCGGUGUACAUGAGGAGAUGGAGACAGAACAAGUUUUAGCAGAGCAGAGCAUUCAGAUUGUGUCCGGAGACGAGUAUGUGUUAAGUGAUAGUGGACACGAAACGUGGAGUGUGCAGUUGGUGGACAGUUAAAUUUAAAAUUGUUUUUACUAAUGUAUGUUACGAUCAAACUAUGAAGUGUGAUUGAUAGUGGACACGAAACGUGGAGUGUGCAGUUGGUGGACAGUUAAAUUUAAAAUUGUUUUUACUAAUGUAUGUUACGAUCAAACUAUGAAGUGUGAUUACACCUAGCCGGCUUGCCCUAGGUGCAGCUGAUAUCAGUUUCACAUAGGUUUAAUUAAGCCUUUUUCAUUUCAGCUAUACCUUAGAGGUGGUCUUCAAUGGUUACCAAGGUGUGUUAUAAAUUAUUACUAUGAAAUUAUAGUACCCAGUGCCUUGGUUUGACUGUGCUAGUCUCAGUAGGGAGAUUCUAGUAUCUGCUUUUCGAGUGAGAUCAGGUCAUGUUCCAGUUAACAAGUUUUAUUUUCUUAUUAAAAAAGCCCAUUCGGAUGCAUGUAAUGUGUGCAAUAAAACUGAAGAUUUGCUUCAUGUUUUGUUGGAAUGUGAUCAGUACUCAAGUUUAAGAAAAAAACUCCUGCGUAAUUUCUGUUUGGGCAAUGGUGAGAUCAACAUUACGUUGAACAAACCGUUAUCUCGGGAGGCCAGAUGUAUUUAUACAUUCUGGAGAGGGGUGAUGACGUAAAGGCAGACAUAAUACCAAAUAAAAUGGAAUUUCCCCAUGACAUGGCUGGCAUAGUCGCACCAAGCAACUGAAGGCUCGACAAAGAAUAGAUAUAAAAAAAAUGAAAUUAUAGUGAUACUAUAGUAUCAUAAAUAGUACUAGCAUAUAGUACGGCCACUCCCUGCCCCUCUUUCAUCCGCUCACAUUCAGUCAUUGUUACAGUUUUCUAGGAUCGAUCAUGCGCUUGCAUGCACUAUUAUAGCGCCAACCUUGGCGUCUUAACUCUCUUGCGCGUAUAGCAUUGGUCGAUGAAUUUAAACUGACAAAUGAACGCGGUACUUCUUUUUAUAAUAUAGAAGAUUUUUAAUUGAAAGAAUCUGGCUUUUAACUAUAUACUGUGUAUAUUAUAUGAAUGUAGGUUAGAUUUUAAGUGGCGUUGUGAAUUGUAUGCCUUUGGUUUAUUGCUUGGUAUUCCUAACUGAAGUAUCUCCUACUAAUAUUAUAAAUGCGAAAAUUGGUGAGGAUGUAUGUGUGUAUGUUUAUCACUCUUGAUCUCAUUCAAAAUCUACUGGACGGAUUGUUAUGAAAUCUGUGUUACACGGGUAGACAUACACCUACUUUUUAUCUCGAAAUUUCCACGGGAGCAAAGCCCCGGGGCGCAGUAACUGAUAAAUCAAUAUUUUCCCAAAGUCAGAUCGUAAUGACAACCGGACGUUGAAUGUCGCAUUUCUUAAUAUGACAACUUGUUAGAAUAUUGAUAUUAUAACAUAUUCCUUGUCAAUGUCAACCUUGACGUUGGCAAAAUCAUCGUUUUGGCGAACGAAGGAGCCAUGACACUUAAAAAAAGAUUAAACUACUCGACGGCGAUUCUAAAAAUGUCACAUUCUAAUAUGUAAUAACUUUUUAAAUUACGUAAAGUUCAUAGAGAUUCACACGGAUGAAAGAGAUAGCAGUAUAUGUAUGCACACUGCUUAAAAAAAUCUUUUAGAUUGUUGAUAUGCGCAUAUUACGUACAUUUUGAGUUGUCGUAAAGAAUGGUCAUUUAAAGUUGUCAUGAUGAGUUGAUUAUGUUUUCUUAGCUAUAAAUUACAAACAUAUGAUUUGUCGAGGCGUCAUACGUAGCCCUAUAUGCUUUUAUUAUAUGUAUAUUUAUGUAGGAUUUUUCAAUUCAGUAAAUAUUUAUAGAUGAAGUCACUCUUUUUCUGCGUACAUAACGAUAUUGAAUAAAAAGUAUUAAUUUUUA